AUGUCCAGUCAAGAUCUUGAACAAUUUCGGAUUUUUAAUAAAAAACUUGAAACAGAAAAAGAUAUUAAGCCCAUUUUAAAUGCCAUAAAAAGUUUAUUUGACUAUAAACCAGCUGCUGAAGCAAAAAUCACUCUGUCCAAUGUCGGAAUAUCGAAUAUAGUCCGAUGUCUUAAUGUACAAGAUAAAUCAAACGACGAUUUAACUUGCGAAGUACUGAAGAUAUGCUUUGAAAAGUUUGGUGUUGGGGAUGUUGUAAAGCAUUUUACAAGUCAUAUUAUGUAUUUACUACGUCAUGAAAAGAAUUGUGUGAGGAGACUUGCUGUGGAUGAGGUAUACAAGUCAGUGAUAGCUGAUGUAUCACUGUUGCCAGUUCCUGAAUAUAUUGAUAUAUUUGUGGCCGUUGCUCAAAUGGUUUGCGAUAAAGAUGUGGGAGUAGCAAAUAAAGCAAUAAUUAUAACAUCUAAUUUACAAUUUGAAGCUUAUCCAAAAGUAUUGGAAGAAAUGAAAAUUGCUUUAGAACAUAACAGCAGUAGUAAAUGUAAUGCUUAUGAGGUUGUUAUAAACAUUUCAUUAAAAUCAUAUGAAUUAUUUAAGUUAUCUGUUGACAAUGGGUAUAUAGAGCACAUGGUAGAAGAACUAAAGUCAAAUGAUGUUUUGUAUCAAUUAAAUAUUCUGGAGUUAUUAUCUAGAUUGUCUGUAAAACCCUACGGUAUUAAUUAUUUGGUAAAAGAUGGCGCUUUAGAAAGAAUUACUGCAUUAAUUGGUGAUUUACGGAAUAAUCCACUAGGGGGUCUUUUACUACCAGGUUAUAUAAAAUUCUUUGCAAGCAUUGCACAUUACUAUCCAAAAGAGAUAUUUGAGAAAUAUCCCAUUUUCUUAAAUUCUUUAUUCAAUGCAAUUGAAUCUGGAGAACAAACAGUAUUACCAGUUGCUUUAGACGCUCUAGGUUUCAUUGGUAUAACAAUUGAAGGAAAAUUAUGUCUAACUGCAGUAGGAAGUCCAUUUAUUCAGGCCAUAGAGAAGAUUGGACAAUUAAUCCGAAAUAGCCCUGCAGAAAUAAAAAUUCGAGCUUUAUACUGCUAUGCAAGUUUAAUAAGUGUUGAAAAAGAUACUCCCAGUCAAGGCCCUGUAGAUCAUAGAGUCACACUAAUGACGAGAGAAUGGUUUCGAAGCUUAAAUAAAGAAAGUGAUGCAAUGGAGACAUUACUGGGAAUAUGUAAAAUUCCAUUUCCUGAUAUUAAAUUAGCUGCAUAUAGUUUACUCGAUGCAGUGUGCCAACAUUUGUGGGGCGAAGAACUCGUCGCAAGAGUCGCAGGUUUUGUCGAGUUUCUUCUAGAUCGGUCCAUUAAUGAACCAAAAGAAGCCAAAGAAGCUAAAUAUGAUAUAAUAAAAAGAUUAUCACAAUCCUCGGUGUUUGAUGAUAACAUUCUCACAAGAUUUAAAACAUAUGUAAAAGAAGGUCCAUUUUAUUCAGAUACGACAUUGCAAGUGGCUAUGGAAGAAGGAAACUGA